CAGAUGCUGUGCUGGCCGCCUGCGCUCCCAGGGCCGGGGGGACGUGCUCGGUGUCACAGGCGCGGAGUGGAGGCGCUGCUUGUGCCGCCGCUUCUCGAAAAGCAGGAUUUACCUCGCCUGGGAGGCUACCGAGCCGCCGAGCUUAUGGUCCCGCGGGCAUGGGGAGAAGAGCGGCUGGAGAGUGAAGCGGGAGCGCCCGUGGUCGUCACGCGUGACGGAGCCCCGCGGCAAGAUGAUUCUCACGCAAAUUGAGGCCAAGGAAGCCUGUGAGUGGCUGAAGGCUGCUGGUUUCCCUCAAUAUGCUCAGAUGUUUGAAGAUGUGCAAUUCCCUAUUGAUAUUAAAACUGUGAGGAAAGAUCAUGAAUUUUUAGAUCAAGAUGCAAUAGAAUCCCUGUACAGGCGGUUAAAUACAUUGAAUAAGUGUGCAGCAAUGAAAGUGGAAAUAAACCGGCAAAGAAAGCGGAGUGAUGAAUCUGAAGAGGAUGAACCCUGUGCAAUAAGUACCAAAUGGACCUACGAAAAGUGUACUCAGAGAUGGUCUCGUCUUGAGAGUUUGGAAGGUUUUGGAGCUUCAGUUGCUGACAAUCUGAGGCUUAAGAGCAUUGGCAGCGGGGAUAUAGCUUUUUCUGACCAGGGGGAGAGGAAUGAUGAAUCUUCAGUUCACAGUACUAGCAGUGGUGAUAGUGACUUAAUCAGCUUUCCAAAGACUUUUGAGGAUGUGGAGACUAGCAGGAGUUCAUCAACGUGUUCCUCAAAUAAAUUGGCAUCUCCAGACUCUACCUUCAGUUGCUCUUCGUCUCCUGGUGAAACCUUGAACAUAAUCAGUGAGGACAAGCUCUUGGAUAAACCAUCCAGCAAAAAGGGAAGGAGCUUCCUAAAGAAAAUGGAGAAGCUGCGGAUAAGGAGCAGCAGUCUAAAGAGAGAACCUCAAUCAAAGGCCAAACCCAUUAUCAGUGAGCCUAUUCUUUUAGAGGGACUGACUGAAGAAAAGCUGAGAAACCUCAAUUGUGUGAAUAUUAGCGAUAUGUCCAACAGCCAGGCGAUGCAGUCCUCUUCUUACUCACCACAGAGCUGCAGUAGCAGCAGCCAAUCAGAAAACAGCAGCACUGUGAGCACCCCAAGCCCUGUUAUCAAAGCCAGGCGGCACAGUCACAGAGGAGGGAUGUAUGCAGAGGGUUAUGAUUCCCACAAGCUUUCCUUAUGGAAUGAUCUCUCUGAGCAUAAUUUGAAAAAUGAGAUAAAUUUGCACGAAAACAAAGUAUUUCAAGUACCACAGGGCCAUAAGCCUGGGACAUUCCCCAAAGCACUGACUUGCAGCCUUUUGUCCCCUCUAGAUAACACAGCUGUGAACUGGAGAACUGGGAGUUUUCACGGGUGCCGGAGAAAUAGGGUUCAUAUUGGUUCUCAAGACUCUGAAACUCCGCCUGAUUCUCUUUCACUAAUAGAUAACAGACUGAGCAUAUAUGACAAUGUACCUGGCAUUCCUGUCCAUAUUAACAAAGUGGAUGCAUCAGAGACGGGAGAUGAUGAUGUCUUUACAGAACUAGACAAUGUUAUGGAACAUGUUAAUGGUCUUAGGAAGUUGGUCAGUCAGUGGUCAGAGAAAUUCUCUGAUGAUGGGGAUUCAGACUCUGCUAGUCACUCCAACCACUCCAUUUCUCCAUGCCCAUCAUCUCCUAAGGAGAUCCAUCUGGAGAUUAAAAAGCAUCCAGAGAAGUUGACAGAACUGCCUGCCAUUGAUGGAGAAGACAACUGCAAGAGUACCAGUGAGCAUCGCCUUGCAGAAUUGGCUUAUGUUACAGAAACGGGGAUAAGACUGACACCAGCAUGUUCUGUCAGACCCGUGGGAAGAUAUCGGUCUACUGAGGAAGACAUACAUUUGGAAACUCUUUCUGUACAAAUUGACAGCCAGUCAGCAGCCCACCUAAACCGAAUACAGAAGCUAGCUUUGUUAAAACUGACUUCUUUAAUGGACAAAUACACUCCUUCUAGCAAGCAAGGAUGGAAUUGGACUGUUCCAAAGUUCAUUAGAAAAAUAAAAGCCCCCGAUUAUAAGGACAAAAAUAUAUUUGGAGUACCACUAUUGUUAAAUGUCCAGAGAACAAGUCAUCCACUUCCAAGGAGCAUACUCCAAGCCAUGGACUACUUAAGAGACAAUUUUCUUGACCAGGUUGGCCUUUUCAGAAAGUCUGGUGUUAAAUCUAGGAUCCUCUCCUUAAGGGAAAUGAAUGAAAAUGACCCUCACAAUGUAACUUAUGAGGGACAGUCAGCAUUUGAUGUGGCAGAUAUGGUGAAACAGUAUUUCCGAGAUCUUCCAGAACCUAUAUUCACAAGCAAGCUCUGUGAAACUUUCCUUCACAUCUACCAAUAUGUGCCAAAAGAUCAGCAAUUUUGUGCUGUCCAGGCUGCUGCUAUUCUGCUUCCAGAUGAAAACCGUGAAGCUUUGAAAAUCCUACUCUUCUUUCUCAGGGACGUAGUAGCUUUCGUUGAGGAAAACCAAAUGACACCUACCAAUCUUGCUGUUUGCCUAGCACCAUCUUUGUUUCACCUGAACACAUUGAGAAGAGAGAGUUCCUCAUCAUCUAGAUCCAGCCAAAGAAAAUGUAGCACUGGGAAACCUGACCAGAGAGAUCUAAGUGAGAACUUAGCUGCAACUCAAGGCCUGGCCCACAUGAUAAUGGAGUGCCACAGACUCUUUCAGAUACCUGACUAUUGCUUUGAUGAGGGUUAUGAAGAUUUCCAUAACCAAAACAUCUCAAAUGAGACAAAUCAAACUAUCAUUACAAACCAUUCUAGCACAGUGAUCUUCCUGGAACAUUUUAUGCAGGAUUUGCUUCGAGAUGCCAAGGAGAAAUUCAAGAACUGGGUUCCUUGUUCUGUUGCAGAAGGAGUAGACUCUGCGUAUAAAAAGGUGGAAGAUAACUAUUGUCUCCGUUUAUGGAGAGCUUCUGUUGAAAUUGAUGCUGCUCCUAAAGCAGUUCUACACCGUGUACUGAUGGAACAACAACUGUGGGAUCCAAAUCUGCAGCAGUCAAAGAUCCUAGAAGUCUUAGAUGAUGAUACGGACAUUUACCACUACACAACAGAAAGCAUGUCUCCACUUCCUCCACGAGACCAUGUGAUCCUGAGGACUUGGCGAACUGAUCCUCAAAGUGGAACUUGUGUGUUAGCAGCUACCUCAACAGCCAGUGAAGGUGCUAAAGUGAAUGGGAUCCUAGCUAAGGUCCUACUGUGUCAGUACCUUAUAGAAACAGUUGGCUCCCAUAAAUCCAAAGUGACGCAUGUCUGCCGAAUAGAUACAAGGGGCCGGACACUGGAGUGGUACAACAGGGCUUUUGGUCACAUUUGUUCUGCAGAACUGAUGAGGGUUAAAGAGUCCUUCAGAACUUCAUGGUGACUUACUAGUUUUGGAGGAGAAGACAAAGAAUAGCACCCAAAACUGAUUUUUUUUCCCCCAGAAUAUGAGUUAAAGUUGACCAGCUAUAUUAUUUUGACCAACUAAGAUCUACAUAUAAUGAAAUGUUACUAGCAUUUUAUAAAGAGAGUUUUUUUCUCAGUUGAAGCAUGUUCCUGAACUGGUGGACAUUAUGCACCAUUUUUAGAGAGUUUUUAUAUAAAAUUUUUAUAUGAUGAAAAGUUGACCUAUCAAUGUUAAGUUAUUUAAAAAGAACAGCUUGGUGUGUUCUAAAUAUAUUUUAAUUUGUAAAAUGUGGGAUGUAUUUUUCAGAUGUUAUAUGAACUUAGUAGCUACAAGUAAAUGCAAACCAUCCAGCUGUUCAGUUGGUUUUCUAAUGUUAGUAUUAAACUAUUAGUAAUUAAUGACAGUUGGACAGGCAGCCCUGUUGCAUCUAUAUAAAGGUGACAGAGGUGUGCCUUUUACCGCCAAAAAGCUAUAUGCAAAAGCUUAAAUUGUAUGUAGGAAUGUUCGAUAUAUUUUGCAAGCACACUCCUGCCUCAAACUGAUGGCAAAAUGGGCACUUUAGUUCUUAAAGGUGAAUAUGAUUUUUCUUUGCUAGCUUGGUAGUUCUCAGUAGUGAUUGGCACCCAGGUUUUGAAACUUAAGAGGGAACUGAAUGGUAAAGAGGUGACAAUAGCUGCUGUCCUGUCCGAGGGGCACUGGGUUGACGUUAUGACACAUUCAUAUGGCAUGUGAUUGUCAAUGAGAUUGCUUUAUUUUCUUAACCAGUGUAACUUGAUUAUGGCAGCUCAUUCUUUUUUUUUUAAUAAUCUGUAAUAUUAGGUAAUAAAUACUAAAAGGCUUUCAUGGGUUUAAGACCACUUAUGCACCACUACUGCACUACUCCUUAGACUGCUUGACCCAGCUGUGUCUUGAAGCGUUGUUCCCACAAAGAAUGUCAAAUCUUCACGUUUCAUCGGCUUCAAUAGAACCUCCUUACUGAGUAUGCUUUGGGCAAGAACUAACAUGUAGUUUACCUACACAGCAUGGCUUCAGAGCAUUCUGCUUACUAAAUGAUGCAGGUUAAAAAAAACACAGUAAAAGGGUCUUUAUAUACUGACAGAAUAUGAGGGUUUUUUAGGUGCCAAACUCAGGUAAUACAUACACGAUACGUUCCAGGGAAACAAACCAAUUUCUUUUAAGCAUGUAAUGCCAGUGGUUCAGCUAUUAAACCUGCCCAGUCAUUAAUUCCAAUAUUAUUUGAACAUUUUCCUGAACUCAUUCUUUAACUUUCAUAUGUGUAGUAUUGUAAAGAAACCUACAAGAAGGAAAAUGACAAACAUCACUUCACUUGAAAUUUUAGAGAGAAGCUUGUUACUAGUCGAAACUCACUCUGUGUAGCCCCCCCCCACCAUAAAUAUGAACAAGCAGUUCUCCCAUUUUUAAAAUAGGCAUGUUUUGUUCUUGAUGUCUGUACCAUCCAGUUGUAUUUGCAAAAACUCUUAUGCUUAUGUAAAUAAAAUGAUUAAAAUGAGCUCUGACAGCACACCUAAUAAAGGUGAAGCAUUCA